UUAAAAUUUGGGACCAGGAAUGAAAAAAUCUGGAAGACUUCUUAUUAAACAUGAUUUGGGACAUUGCAGUGUUGCAAAAUGCAACUGUGCGAUCACGGAACACUUUUCCGAAAGCGCAUUUCCCGAGCCGUGUACGUUUUGAGUUUAUACUGCUGAUUCUGUCCGUUUAUUUCAUGAUAACGGGGAGGAAAAUGUGUGACCAAAGCGGGCAGAUAUAUUUUGAACCUGACCAACAUAACUCGACACCUGGCUACUCAACCAAUGCAGGAUUUAGAGGGGGUUAUUCUUCAGGAAUGUUGAACCAUCCAUCAAUACAACAAUUCAGUGACAUUGUACAAAUUCCAGCUGAACCUGACCACAACCGAGUAGUUGAAAGCGCGUUGGAAAUCUGCAAAGAUAAAAAACAACCUGUGCAAAAUCCACCUGGCAAUGGAAGUCCUGAACAUUUACAGAUUGACAAGGAAAACAGGAUGAACAACAGUCCCCUUUCAUUGAGGUUAGCCCCCAACGGAAGCAUGUUCAAGACGCCGCACCCUCAAGAUUAUCCUUAUCCAAAUAUGGUGUCCUCACAUAACGGUUGUAAGUUUCACAGUGGCCACAAUUUUGAUGAUUCGUAUGUCAUCCAUUGGUACGAAUCCAUGUCAUUAAGAGAGCCGACCUACCCCAACAACAGUACCAACCCACCUCCCAUAAAAACAAAUGAAGAAACGAUACCCAAAGAUUUUGGGUUACCUCCGAACAGGCAAUACCAACAACAUGAACAACAUUCACAAAAUUCUCACAACAAUGUCUCUCCAUUAUAUGUACAAAGUUACCCCAGCCACGAAAGAUUGCAGAAGUCUCAAGCUGAACCACAUCUACGACAUAUCUCUGAUGGUUCAAAUCACAGUGAUGAGACCAGAUAUAGCUACUUUGAGACACCGCAUGUGAGUUAUGACCAAGAAAAAACAGAACAUCAACCCCAGCAUAGAAGAAAUGGUGCAGCUUGGAAUAAUGUCCCACCAGCUCAUCCUAACCCAACACCAGACUCUGAAAAGCAGACUGGGCAGACACGACCUUACCAGCAGCAAACAGUAGACGCAGCUGCUGCUCCCCCAGUAAAUGCACCUGCUAUGAGAGAAAAUAUUAAAGUUUUCAUCACGUAUGCUGAGGCACACAAUGAGGAACACAUGAGACAAGUUGUUCAAAUCUCUCAGACUCUUAUACAAAACCGUAUUGAUGUAAAAGUUGACAUGUUGGAAGAGAAUAUGCAAUCUCUCAGCAUUUCAGAUUGGCUAAACUCAGCCCUUUAUGAAUGUGACUUUGUACUGAUCUGUGUAAGUCCUGGUUAUAUGCAAGAGGUAGACCCUCAAGAAGGUGAGAGUUUGAAACCAGGAGAGCGAGCGCUCAACACGAAGUAUAUCUACCGCAGACUUCUUUCUGAAUAUAUUGCUCAAUCUUCACGCAACUAUAGAUUCAUACCAGUGCUUGUGAGCAAUGGGGACAGGUGUCAUGUUCCACAUUGGUUGCGUGACACAAAAAUAUACAAAUGGCCAACUGACUUUGAGGACAUAUUUUAUCGCUUGUUGAAGCAAGAAAAAUACAUCAAGCCGAAGAUGGGUCCAGUGCCAAAUUGCAUAAUUGAGCGAUAUGAUUCUGUGAGUGCAAGAAGUAAUUCAAGAAACAGUGGCAGAAAAUCUCGGACACCAGUGGUGCAGGAUUCUUCCCAGAAGUGAUUAAACAUUUCCUUUAUAUUCUGCCUUAAAUAUUAAUAAGUAAACAUCAGCAGUUGUUGGUUUAAUGUUUUGUAGUAAACAAAAUGUAGAGUUUGUAUGUCAACUACACUAUUUGAGUGCUGUAUCAUGUACUUCUUUUUUGUCAUAUUUUCAUGACUAAGUUCUUUUUUUAAUCAACCCCUCCGACAAAGUCUGGUUAAUUACAGCUUUUAAUAGAUCUGCGAGGCUUUCCUGUACAUUGCACUUACCUCCUGCAUGUAUUUUACUGUAAACAAAAUUUUUCAAAUUUCUUGUAAAUUAUGUCAUCUGUCCGACCCAUGUUUCUCGUUUCAUUUUGAACAGAGUUUGAUUUUAUGGAA